AAAAUUGUCUUUUCUUCCCCAAUUUUCUGUUCUUCCCAAUCCAAUCUCUAUCCUUAGAGAUUCUGAGUUGUUUCUGUGCUAAUUUGUAAGGCAGGUCCUUACAAUUGGUAUCAGAGUACUCUUUCCUGAGUGACCUUACCAUGAAAAAUCAAGCAGAAAUCAAAGAAUUUACGAGUAGAGUUGAUAUUUUAGAACAAGAUAUAUAUGAAGCCAGAAAAGCAUUACACCACGAAUUAUUCGAUUUGAGAAUGAAGUCUAUAAGUCUAAUCUGGGAUAAAAAUUCACCAGAUCAUGAUUUCAAUCUUCUAUAAAUUGAUAUUCUCAUUUCCAUCACCGAGAGAAAGUUGGAGUCUCUACAAGUUGAGGAGGUUGGGGAUCCGGAAGCUAAGAAGAUGGAGGAUGAGGUUAUGAUGGAAGAAGUGAUAACUGAUGUCAAUAAAAACUCUUCAAUUCCAUCAGAGGAAGCAGGAGACGAUUCUCUCGACCUGGAAUUGAUUAAUCCGUCGUUUUUGUUCGAUGAAGAAAAAGACGAUUCAACCACUGAUGCAGACAGAUUAAUUCCUUCUAAAAUCGACGGAGCUGGGAAUGUUGGUGAAAUUCAGAAAGGAGAUUCAAGGUUCCUAGCCUACCAGGAAGGUAAACCCUUCAUUUUUGAAAGUAAAUUCCCUAGUGUCGAAUUGGGUUUCAUAGUGAGAAGGGUUCCGAAAAUUGAGUUUUCCCUUGCAGAUUUAAUGGUGAUUGUAAGUGCUGAAGAACAUGGUAAUGGUGAUACUCGAAAGCUUCCUGACAGAAUGCAACAUCAAUGUCACGUUCUCUGGACUACUCAAUUGAAUUUUCAAAUGCCAAGGCUAGGUAUGUAUGGCAAUGCAGAAGAAUUUUUUAAUCAAUUGCUGGUGGAGUGUUUUAAGUUCAAAUUUAUCAUGUGUUUUCUUGGGUUCUUCGAUCUAAAGCAUUGGGUUCUAUAUUUUCGUAUGUUUUUGCUUAAUGGGAAUCAUGGUGCUUGGGUUUUCCGGUUUAUGAGAACAUAUUAUACAUCAGAUAGAAAAAUAUAUUUUCCGGUGCUCAAAGUUUUGAAUUCAGAAGGUGCAACAAGUGGUUCUAGUAGGUUAUUUGAUGAAUCUUCGCAGGGUGCUACUUUCUGGGAUGUAUCGUUACUUCAGGUGAUAAUGGAAAAGGAGUUUGGAAGGGCUCCACGAAUGAAUGGUUCUGUAUUUAUGCGAAAGUGGAUGUAUGAAGAAUCUGAAUUUACAUCUUACUUGCAUUGCAUCUUAUUGUUUUCCGCCACUCAUGAAGAUUCGUUUAACCAACUUUUUAAGCACUUCUACAAUUCAUAUAUGUACCUCUACUCUCCGGGCUCUUGGAUUGCUAGGUAUGGAAGUUGGUUGACCUUAGGAUGUACAGAUUAUAAAAAGGAGUUGUGUAACUCAAUUUGUGUUGGUAGUAUGGAAAAUAAGUGUUUUGAUCUGUACCUAGCAGUGGGUAGCCGGACAAAUUACAAGCUAAGAUUGUAUUUAUGGGUAGUAUUGGGUACUCUUAUUCUUGUUAUUGUUCAGCAACACUUUACUUGUCAUAGUCGAGUGAUAGCCUUGUGGUUUCUAGACACGGUGCAUCGUAGAAGAGUCAAAUUCUGCGAAAGAAUUGUGGGAACCAUGAAGAUGUUUGUACAGCUUAACGACUGUGAAGUUUUUGGUAUGCAUUCUUGGCAGGUUGAUUAUGGUGCUAAAUGGAAUGAGCUGGACAUUAUAUUAAAGACUCAGUUGGAGGUUACUAUACUCAUUUCAGGUUCUAGUAAUGAUGGCCAUGGCAGUGGGAAAACUUCAGCUCGUGCUUCAGACGAUCAGGGGCUUAGUAAGAUUGUAUCCAUAAGUGAUCUUAGACAACAUCAGAGAUAUCUCCUGCCAGAAUCAACAGCAGGUGUUAAUGGUACUGACUGUGCUUAUAAAGAAAAGUCAGAAGCAGAUCUAUAUAUUCAGCUUACGAUGUUUAUGCUCUCUAUUAUCAAGGAGGGGUGUACAUGGAGAAUUUUUAUUCAUGCCUCACAUACCAAGACAAUCGUUCCAAGUGGUGCAUCUAUAAGCGCCCAUCCAGACGGAGGUUAUAUAGAUAAUGGGUUGUUUGUUCUGGAAAACAAUCACAAGUGAGUUGAGUACAGUGGGUGUUUCAGAGGUAAGAGCUACUACAGGGUCCAAACAUUGCAAUUCCAAGGAAGGAGGGCACUCAAUUGUUGGGCCUGAAGCUGCGGUGUUAAAGGUUCAUGUUGGGCCUGAAGCUUCCGUAUUAAGGGGUCAUAUUGGUAUUUACUAGCUGUUUAGUUUCUGCUCUCCUCAUGCGAAUCUCUCCAGCACUCAAGCUAAUCAAUUAAUCAAUUCAUAUUUUCGAGGACAAGGAUAAUUUGAAGGAGUGGGAUUUGUCGGGACCCAACUCAAGGGCUAACAAGUUAGACUAAGGGCCACCUGGGUUAUGGGGUCUGGUAAUCUGUUUAGUAUAAUUAAUAGUUAAUUAACUAUGAUUAGUUAAGUAAUAGCCGCUGCUAAGUAGGAUUAGUAGAGAGUGUGUGUGAGUGCACAUGUGCACACCAAACCCUAUCAUUUAUAUUCCCUUUGCGUUUGUAGAACUCAUUAUGAAAAUUAAUCAGUAAAAUUAUCUUUUCUUCCCCAA